AUGCCAAAGAUGAUUAAACGCGAUACUGUUGAGAAAGGCAGAGAUAUAGCGACUGUUCUUGACCAGGAUUUCAUACUCCCAACAAAGAAGUACGCAGAUAUAAUAAUCCCACGUGGUGGUGAUAAUCAUGUUGCUAUUGAUUUGAUUGUGCAACACAUUCGCACUAAGCUUGGUCAACAUGAUCUCUGCAAAAUAUAUCCUAAUCUUUACGUCAUUCAAUCAACUUUUCAGAUACGUGGGAUGCAUACUCUAAUCAGAGACUCCAAAACAACAAAGCAUGACUUCAUCUUCUACUCAGAUCGAUUGAUUCGUUUGGUUGUUGAGCACGGCCUCGGGCACCUUCCUUUUACAGAAAAGCAAUCUUAUUGUUUUUGUGUAAACUUUAGGAUCUGUGUAUCGGGUGUGGACUUCUGUAAGAGGCUGUGUGGUGUCUCAGUUAUCAGAAGCGGUGAGAGUAUGGAGAAUGCUUUGAGAGCAUGUUGCAAAGGCAUCAAGCUUGGGAAGAUUCUGAUUCACAGAGAAGGCGACAACGAUCAGCAGGUUUGUGUUCUUUGGCCUCUUUAUCAAUCAAUUGUCCUUUUAAUAAUAUGUGUGAACAAAUUGGGAAACGAACAGCUUAGAUACGUGAAGCUACCCUCAGACAUUUCGGAAAGGCACGUGCUUUUGCUGGACCCUAUCCUCGGGACAGGAAACUCGGCGGUGCAAGCGAUAAGGCUCCUGAUAAGUAAAGGAGUACCUGAAUCCAACAUCAUAUUUCUCAAUCUCAUAUCUGCACCGCAAGGAGUAAAUGUGGUGUGCAAAAGGUUUCCGAGGAUAAAGAUUGUGACAUCUGAGACAGAGAUGGGUUUAAACGACAAGUUCAGAGUUGUACCUGGCAUGGGCGAGUUUGGAGACCGCUAUUUUGGCACUGAUGACGAGUGA